CACCAGGGACCUCAGGGAAAGGCGCUCCAGCAUCCUCGCGAGAUUAUCUGUAAGCCUAGAGUGUCUGGUUGCCUAGCAGCCUCGCCGGCACUGGAGGAAACCGACUCUGGCAACACUUAACCAAACUCGCGUUACUGAGCCGACUGGUCGCUUGAGCGGAAGUUGGAAAAAAAAAUACCUAAGCCUCCCUGACAUGGUAUCAAAACAGAGCUGCUGCUGAGAGUCUGAUUUAUAGUGAAAUUAUGGUUCGACUGACCUUGGAUUUAAUUGCCAAAACCAACCAUUUCAAAGGGCGAAAAGAAGGAACAUUUUCACAGUACCUGAAGAAAAUAACUCAUAUAAAUUUUUCAGACAAAAAUAUAGAUGCAAUUGAAGACCUCUCUCUUUGCAAAAAUCUUAGUGUUUUAUAUUUAUAUGAUAACCGUAUUAAUCAGAUCACUAACCUGAAUCAUUCCACAAAUCUGACCCACUUGUACCUACAAAACAACUGUAUUUCAUGUAUAGAUAACCUGAGGUCAUUAAAGAAACUAGAAAAACUGUAUCUGGGAGGCAACUACAUUGCUGUCAUAGAAGGUUUGGAAGGACUAGAAGAACUGCGAGAGCUUCAUGUUGAGAGUCAAAGACUUCCCCUUGGAGAAAAGCUGCUUUUUGAUCCAAGAACUCUCCGUUCCCUGGCAAAAUCCCUCUCUAUAUUGAAUAUUGGAAACAAUAAUAUUGAUGACAUAAGAGACUUAGAAAUAUUGGAGAAUCUUAAUCACCUCAUAGCAGUUGACAACCAACUUCUGCAUGUGAAGGAUUUGGAGUUUUUGCUGCCCAAGCUGAUGAAACUGUGGAAAAUGGAUUUAAGUGGAAAUCCGGUUUGUCACAAGCCAAAAUACAGGGACAGGCUGAUUUUGGUGUCUAAAUCACUGGAAUUUCUUGAUGGAAAAGAAAUUAAAGAUGUAGAAAGACAAUUCCUGGUGAAUUGGAAAGCAUCCAAAGAUGCCAGGAAAAUCAGCAAGAAGAGAAGCAUCAGAAAUGAGGAUGCCAAGAACUCUUACAUAAGUAACUGUGAAACAAUGCGUCACAUAGUUCCUGUUUAUUACCCACAGGUGGGUAAACCAAAAAUACUCUAUUUCUCUGACAUACAAAGAUACCUUGUAAACGGAAGUGAGUCUACAGCAAGUGUCCAAGAAGAUAAUACUAAAACUACAAAAGAGAUGGGGAAUCUCUCUUUGAAGGAGUCUGAAAGCGUGGUAACAAAGCAAGAUGUACCUCAGCCUCUCGAUAACUCGAAAGAAAAAGAAAACAUGGUUACGGAAAACAAGUAAACUCAACCUGGAGUGGCCUCGUUUAAAAAAAAAAUAUCCUAGGACGAGGCAGC